AUGUCGCUUCAACGGAAGACCUCCUCGCGCUACGGAUGCAACAAAUUCUACGGCGGGACAAGAAACUGGUACUCGCGAUGGACCAGCAAAAGAAGGUUUGCCAACGGGCUGUUGAUGAUUUCAACCGUCUUUUAUUAUCGAGAGGAACACCAAACAAUCCGUACAGUUCAACCUACAGAAUAUGCCCUACAUGUUGCAGCCGUCUCUUCGUCCUCAGCGCAUGCUUCAACAGUCAUUGGGACCCUGAACCAAGACCUCCUCAUCACUCCGCCCUACCCAGUUUCUGUAAAAAGCGGCGAAGCAUCUUUCCCAAAUAACCGCUCGCUAGUAUCCUUCUCGACUGUCACUCCAUUUGCAUUUACGUCACACAGCCUUCACUACCGCUACCACCCCACCAUUGCAGAGCUCGACCCUAUGGACUACAAUGCCGUUCAGUACAUUCGUUUCAAUGCAUCCUCGAGCAUCGUCAAUGGGCACAUCCACGAACAUCUGCUCGAAGACUCAAAUAUACGCGACCUCGAAGCUUGGGCUCUCGCCGCUCUCCCUCUCUGCUAA